GGUUGUUAGAGAGACAUAGAAGCACGCGGAGGAUUCUAGAGGCUUCUUUAUAUCGUUUAUAAAACUUAACAUGUUCAAACAACCUUUAAAUAACAUACAUUCGAAACCCAACUCGCGAUCUAUUCCUUCACCGAUUUUUACUUGAAUACCAAAAGAUCCCUCAGGAUGUUUGGAAGAGCACCGAAGAAGAGCGAUAACACCAAGUAUUAUGAGAUCCUUGGGGUCCCUAAAAACGCCUCGCAGGAUGAUCUCAAGAAGGCUUAUCGUAAAGCCGCCAUUAAGAAUCACCCCGACAAAGGUGGAGAUCCUGAAAAGUUUAAAGAGCUUGCCCAAGCAUAUGAGGUACUGAGUGACCCAGAGAAGCGUGAGAUAUAUGAUCAGUAUGGUGAGGACGCCUUGAAGGAAGGAAUGGGUGGUGGAGGUGGCGCCCAUGAUCCCUUCGACAUCUUCCAGUCUUUCUUUGGUGGUGGUGGCGGCGGUGGUAGCAGCAGGGGACGAAGGCAGCGCCGCGGAGAAGAUGUUGUUCAUCCUCUCAAAGUUUCUCUUGAGGAUCUCUAUAACGGAACUUCCAAGAAGCUCUCUCUUUCUCGCAAUGUAAUUUGUUCCAAGUGUAAAGGCAAGGGUUCAAAGUCCGGUGCUUCAAUGAAAUGCGGCGGCUGCCAAGGUUCUGGAAUGAAAGUUUCUAUCAGACAUCUUGGACCGUCCAUGAUCCAGCAAAUGCAACAUCCUUGUAACGAGUGCAAGGGUACCGGAGAAACAAUUAACGAUAAGGAUCGUUGUACCCAGUGCAAGGGUGAGAAAGUUGUUCAGGAGAAGAAGGUUCUGGAAGUACAUGUGGAGAAGGGUAUGCAAAACGGGCAGAAGAUUACGUUUCCUGGAGAGGCUGAUGAAGCUCCUGACACAGUUACCGGUGAUAUCGUGUUUGUGUUGCAACAAAAAGAGCACCCCAAGUUUAAGCGAAAGGGUGAUGACCUAUUUUUUGAGCAUACGUUGAGCUUGACCGAAGCCCUGUGCGGUUUCCAGUUUGUGUUAACGCAUUUGGAUAACAGACAGCUUCUCAUCAAAUCUCAACCUGGAGAAGUUGUGAAGCCUGAUCAAUUCAAGGCGAUAAAUGAUGAAGGAAUGCCGAUGUACCAGAGGCCAUUUAUGAAGGGGAAGCUGUACAUCCACUUCACUGUGGCCUUCCCUGAUUCAUUAUCCCCGGAACAGUGUAAGGCGUUAGAGGCAGUGCUGCCGCCAAAGCCGUCAAUGGAGAUGACAGAUAUGGAGCUGGACGAAUGUGAGGAAACGACGUUGCAUGAUGUCAACAUUGAAGAAGAGAUGAGAAGGAAGCAACAACAACAUGCUCAAGAAGCUUAUGAUGAAGACGAAGACAUGCCGGGUGGCGCCCAGAGGGUACAAUGUGCACAACAGUAGUUGAAUCAGUUUUUGUAUGGUAUCUGUCCUACUAAGAAUGUAUUGAUGAUUAGCUCGGUUUAAAGUGUCUUUUGCUGUGCGCUUGUUGCGUGUUACGAAAAGUAGUUCUCAGAUGUGUUUUGUUAUGUUUAAUGAUAAGUUUUAUAUCGUUGAAAAUUGGCAGUGUUGAUGUGGUUUGUGAUGUUAAAACAGACUUUGGGAAUACGGUGGUCCUAAAGUAUUGCGAGUG